AUGCUCGGAAAGUUGGCACACUACGGCUUCGAUGCCAUUCUCUUCUCUGCAUUUCUUGCGGGUGUCAAGCGUUCUACUGGACUUACCCUCCAAACAGAGAAGAUAGAAUCCAAGGACGUUCGUUCGGCUCUUGAAAAGUACCUUAAUAUCGGCGAGUGGAUGAUGGACCAAAGCAUCGCUGUUAUGGGCAGUAGCUCUUAUUUCGAGCGGAAGCGGUAA